AUCACGUGUCGUUACUGGAGAUCACCUGAUCGGAUUCUCCACCUCCAGCACAACUCUGGCAAAAACAAAUCAAGAGAAACCAACGAGAGAAACUCCCAAAAGCAUGUGAAUGUAUGCGUUCAAUGUAAUUGAAGGGCAAGUCUCGAAUUUUAGUGGGCAGGUUGGACCUCUGUUGGAGGAUGAAACGUGUGAGUCUGCAACAAGAUCGUCUGCACUUCAUUGGAUAACUGAGCUGACGCAGGAAGAGAUGUGAACUCAGUUCUACUUUAUAGUCAGACUGUAAUUAGGAGCUCACUGCGAACCCUUCGUUGUAGACACAAUGUCUCUGUUAGAAAGAGACAUUUUGGUUAUGGUACUCAUGACCGCAUUUACGCUUUCCUCAGGAGAUAAUAAGUGUCUGCCCCGAGACUUUGGCCAUGGCUCUGUGGUGUGCGAGUGUAAUUCCACAUACUGUGACAGCGUGGGGCCGUUGAUUGUGCCCUCACUGGGCCAGUUCACCGCCUACCUGAGCAGCAAGGCGGGCAGCAGGCUGGAACAGGUCCAUGGCCAAGUCAUCAAGAAUAGCACUGCAGUGGGUCUCCGGCUAACUAUCGUUCCUUUCCAGAAGUAUCAGGAGGUCCGGGGCUUUGGAGGGGCCAUGACGGAUGCCGCUGCUGUGAACAUUCUGUCCCUCUCCCCCGCCACCCAGGACCAGCUCCUGCGCCAGUACUUCUCCCCUGACGGUAUUGGCUACAGUGUUGUGCGGGUGCCCAUGGCCAGCUGUGACUUCUCCCUCCGUCUGUACACGUACGCAGACACACCUGGAGACUACGGUCUGGAGAACUUCACUCUAGCCCCAGAAGAUACCAACAUGAAGAUCCCCCUGCUGCAGCGGGCUCAGGCCAUGUCCCCCAAGCCCCUGGCCCUGCUGGCCAGCGCCUGGAGCGCCCCCGCCUGGCUGAAGACCAACGGUGCUCUGACGGGGAAGGGGUCCCUCAAAGGGCAGCCGGGGGGCAAGGAGCACAAGACCUGGGCUCAGUACUACGUUAGGUUCCUGGAGGAGUAUGCUAAGCACAAUCUGUCGUUUUGGGCCUUGACCACUGGGAAUGAGCCCUCUGCUGGACAAAUGACAAACUACAGUUUCCAGGCCAUGGGCUUCACGGCGGAGGAGCAGAGAGACUGGGUGGCUAUGGACCUGGGCCCUGCUGUCAUGGCUUCCAUUCACCCCCACACACACAUCCUCAUUCUGGACGACAACCGGCUGUUGCUGCCCCACUGGGCUAAAGUGGUCCUCAGUGACGUUGAGGCAGGGCGCUACAUACACGGCGUGGCGGUCCACUGGUACCUGGACAGCCUCGUCCCCGCAGAGAUAAGCCUGGGCACCACCCACCACCUCUUCCCAGAGUACUACCUGUUCGGCACGGAGGCCUGCGCCGGCUGGAGCCCGGUGGACAGAGGGGUGAAGCUGGGCAGCUGGGAGAGGGCGGAGCAGUAUGCCGCUAGCAUCCUCCAGGACCUUAACCACUAUGUGGUCGGCUGGACCGACUGGAACCUUGCCUUGGACCCGGGCGGUGGACCAAACUGGGUCAAUAACUUUGUGGACAGUCCCAUCAUAGUGAACCAAAAACAAGAUGUGUUCUACAAGCAGCCGUCCUUCUACAGUAUGGCUCACUUCAGUAAGUUCCUGCUCAAGGGGUCUCGCAGAGUAGGCUUGUCCGCCAGUAAAGAGACCACCCUUGAGUUCUCGGCCUUCAUCAGACCAGAUGGCUCUGUGGUGCUGAUCAUACUGAACCGGUCAGCAUUGGAGGUCCAGUUUGAGGUGUGGGACCAUUCGGUGGGCUUCAUUCCCUCUACAGCGCCCCCUAGAUCUCUGCUGACGCUCGCCUGGAACACACACUGACAUGACACCCACACAAACACAACCUGAUGAACACACAUUGACAUGACUACCAUGCAAACAAAACCUGAUACACACAAAACACACACACUGACAAGACACCCCCACAAACACAACCUGAUGUACACACAAUAAACACACUGACAAGCC